AUGGGGCGCGAGAUCUUGAUGUCGAGCGGGCACGACGGGUCGUCCGCGCCCUCGGACUGGUUGCGCGAGAGCUUGACGCGCGGGGCGACGGAGCCGGCGUUCCAGCGGGUCCACACGAGGGCAGACCGCGUGUACCGCUCGAUCCUGUCGACGGCGCGGGUGGCGGUGAGGGUGCAGCCGACGGAGAACUGGAAUGUGGUGUCAUUGACUCUGGCAGGAGGGAUGCUGGGGGAGCAAUCGGCGGUAGUUGCGCCGGGGGCGGGCUGGACAAACAAGUCGUGGACGAGUUUGGCGUGGGCUUCUCGGUCGAGGGUGUUGUGGAGCGAGGAACGGAAGGUGUCGCCGAACUGGGAGGCGUCCGAGCCACGCCACUCGAGGUAG